AAAAUGAUGCGUAAUAUGCGCUCCCUGCAAGAUGCUUAUCAACAGGAUUCUUCCAGGAAGACAGGUGGAACUCAUUCCAGGUGUGGAGACCCCGCCUGGCUUCUGCCCCAGAGAGAAGCAGCCCCCGAGGGCUGUUGUUCCGGGAACGAGCCUGUGCCCAAAGGAAAAGUGGGCACGAGAGGGAAGAAGCAAAUAUUUGAGGAGAACAAAGAGACCCUGAAGUUCUACCUGCGAAUCAUACUGGGGGCUAAUGCCAUUUACUGUCUUGUGACCUUGGUCGUCUUCUACUCAUCUGCCUCAUUUUGGGCCUGGAUGGCCCUGCUCUUUAGUCUGGCAGUAUACGGGGCCAGCUACCACUCUAUGAGCUCGAUGGCAAGGGCAGCCUUCUCUGAGGAUGGGGCCCUGGUGGAUGGUGGAAUGGAUCUCAACAUGGAGCAGGGCAUGGCAGAGCACCUUAAAGAUGUGAUCCUACUGACAGCUAUUGUGCAGGUGCUCAGCUGUUUCUCCCUCUACAUCUGGUCCUUCUGGCUCCUGGCUCCAGGCAGAGCUCUUUACCUCCUGUGGGUCAAUGUCCUGGGCCCCUGGUUCACAGCGGACAGUGGCGCCCCAGCGCCAGAGCACAACGAGAAACGGCAGCGCCGACAGGAGCGGCGGCAGAUGAAGCGGUUAUAGCCACUGACAUUAUGGCCCCGGGUUUCUGAGCCCUGGGUGGCUCUAUCAGGCUGUGUGGUCCCCAUGCCAGGAGCAGUGAGGGCCUAGUCCAGGGGCCAAAAGCAGUCUAGGGUAUAGGAUUGUUGAAUAAAUGGCUUAUAACGUG